AUGACAUUGAACUUGAAGUGUGGCAAGAUCUAUGCAACUGUUCAAAAGGAUUUGCUUACACAGUUCAAGGAUGAUGUUGAGGAUGGUGCUGCUUAUGUUGUGGAGAGGUUCAUGGUUGUGAUAUGCCGAAAUGAAGCUGAAAAAUGCUUAAUAGAAACAUCUAUCAAUUCAUUAAGGAUAAGUCUUAAGGAUUAUAAUGCAAAGCUUUCUGAUUUUGGGCUGGCAAGGGAUGGUCCGAAUGACAACGGAAGCCACGUCUCCACCAGGAUAAUGGGAACCGAGGGAUAUGCAGAUCCCGAAUAUGUAGACUCGGGCCAUCUUACUACUAAUAGUGAUGUCUAUAGUUUUGGAGUUGUCCUGCUAGAAAUAUUAACUGGUGAGUUGGUACUUGACAUGACUAAAUAUGGAAGAGACAACUUGGUGGAAUACAUAAAGCCGCACCUGGCCGACAAAACCAAGAUUUUUGGUCUGUUGGACAGUGAGCUUAAAGGGCAGUAUUAG